CACAAACAAGGCAAUAAAUUUGGAAUCUCCGAAGGUUUAUUCUAGAACAGAACAUAAGCCACCAGUAUUGUUAUCACUCUUUUCCACGCACCUUCUCCUCAAAACAAACAUCAACCAAAACCACUUCUUUGUACUAUGGAUCAUUGAUAUUUCGUUCUAUUACAAACAAAAAUCAUCAUCAACAACAAAAAAAACAAGAAUUUUCGAAGCUGGGUUCUGAAGCUGUUAAGAAAAUGGGUUUAACUGAACCUAAGGUUGUUACUGGUCCUGGUGGUUAUGUUCUUGAAGAUGUUCCUCAUUUGUCUGAUUACAUUCCUAAUCUCCCUACAUAUCAUAAUCCUUUGCAAGACAACCCUGCUUACUCAGUUGUUAAACAGUAUUUUGUGCAUGUUGAUGACACAGUUCCUCAAAAGGUUGUUGUACACAAAGAUGGUCCAAGGGGAGUACAUUUUCGUCGAGCUGGUCCGCGUCAGAAGGUGUAUUUUGAAUCAGAUGAAGUUCAAGCUGCUAUUGUUACAUGCGGAGGUCUUUGUCCUGGACUCAAUACUGUGAUAAGAGAAUUAGUUUGUAGCUUACACCAUAUGUAUGGCGUAACUCGAGUUCUCGGAAUCGAGGGAGGAUAUAGAGGCUUCUAUGCUCGCAAUACAAUCACUUUAUCUCCUGCGAGUGUUAAUAAUAUUCACAAGCGUGGAGGAACUAUCCUUGGUACUUCUCGAGGUGGACAUGACACUAAUAAGAUUGUUGACAGUAUUCAAGAUCGGGGAAUCAACCAGGUUUAUAUAAUUGGAGGAGAUGGAACUCAGAGGGGUGCAUCUGUAAUUUUCGAGGAAGUCAGAAGGCGUGGUCUCAAAUGUUCGGUUGUCGGAAUUCCCAAAACCAUUGAUAACGAUAUCCCGAUUAUCGAUAAGUCCUUUGGCUUUGACACUGCCGUUGAGGAAGCUCAGCGUGCUAUAAAUGCAGCACAUGUUGAAGCUGAAAGUUUUGAAAAUGGAAUCGGUGUGGUCAAGCUGAUGGGUCGCUAUAGUGGAUUUAUUGCAAUGCAUUCUACUCUUGCAAGUAGAGAUGUCGACUGUUGCUUGAUUCCGGAGUCACCGUUUUACCUAGAAGGUCCUGGUGGACUUUACGAAUAUAUAGACAAAAGACUCAAGGAAAACGGUCACAUGGUUAUUGUGAUUGCUGAAGGAGCGGGACAAGAACUUCUUUCUGAAAGCAACCAAUCUGCCAAAAAACAGGAUGCUUCUGGAAACACACUUCUUAAAGAUGUCGGACUUUGGAUCUCCCAAAGUAUUAAGGAACAUUUCGCGAAAGAGAAGACGCUUCCUAUAACUCUCAAAUAUAUAGAUCCAACCUAUAUGAUCCGAGCUGUUCCAAGUAAUGCUUCUGACAAUGUUUACUGCACACUUCUUGCCCAAAGUGCUGUUCAUGGAGCAAUGGCGGGUUACACUGGCUAUACAAGUGGACUUGUCAAUGGAAGACAGACUUAUAUACCCUUCUACAGAAUCACAGAAAGACAGAACAAUGUUGUCAUAACUGACAGAAUGUGGGCCAGGCUGUUAUCUUCGACAAAUCAACCUAGUUUCAUGGAGGUCAAGUCUUCCGAUGAAGACAUAAAAGAAGAAAACUCAUUUGAUCAGUUGGAAGAUGUUCAUUGUUCAGAAGACCAUUUGGUUGAUGAUAUCAGCAGCAACCCGGGAUUCAUAGCUCCGAUUACAGUACCCAUAUCGCGUACGGGCUUGAAAUCUGGUAUUUAAAAAUAUUCAAGUUAGCAGAUGGUUGUUGUUCAGAAGAUACCUCGGUUGAUGAAAUCACCCGCAUUUGCUUUCUAAUUGUUAUUUUUCGUUCUGUUAUCGAUGCUUUAUAAGCAGUAUAUAUCAUAGAGUUAUCAAUUUUUGUCCUUCCAUGUCCAUAAGAGAUGGCUGUGGAAAUCUCAGCCUGACAUGAUCCUUAUAUUAGUUAAUGUUGUUACUUUGUAUGCUCAAUAAUUUGAAUUGAUUCUGCUUUGUGCAGAAAUGAACUUUGUUAGUUUGAAUGUAUUAUCAAUGACUCGACUCGCUCAGUGGUCUACUUGAAUAAUAUAGGAAAGAAUUUCCAAGAA